UUUAUGGCUGACUUAACGCUAAUUGUCCAAAGACGGAGCUCGAGGAGUGUUCUGCUUUAGCAGCUUUGCUCUCCUCUGUGGCCACUUUCUUUGUUGUUGCUGCUGCUGUUUUGAGUUAUUAGUAGAAACGGCACGUUUUUUCUUUUACCCCAUGAAGUUUUCGUCCUAAUAAGUUAGGUGUAGCAGUCUGCGGGCCGCUUCUUCGGAGCAGCGUUAGCCUUUCUGACGUUAUUGAGAGCUCUCCAGAUUGAACGAUGAGACCGAGCGCACUCGGAUUUGAUAUGUGGUUUUUAUUUUAUCGAAAAGAAAAAGAGGAAAGAACAUGAGUCUUGCUCAUACUUUGGUUGUUUAUAAAAUGAGACAAAGGGAAAAUGAUACUCUGCCACCACACAAAGACAUGAAGACAGAAAGGAAGCAACAAUAAACUUUGUGGCACUUUUGAUUUUGGUGACAGUUUAUGGAUAAUUAACAAUAAGAACAUUUUUCUGUCCUUUGUGGGGAAAUCCUUGAUGCAUUUAUCUAUGGAGUAUUCGGGAUGAGCUGACACAAUAUGCUGGCUCUCAGACCGGAGCAGGGGAGCUGUGGGGUUGGUGAGGUUGUGCUGAAGAAUGAGACCCCCACAGCCAGGCAAGGAAGGCCACAAAUGAGGACACCUUCUCACAAGCAAGUCAUUAAUAUCAAGGAGAAGAUCUCACAGUGGGAAGGUCUCAGUCAGCAGGGCAGCAGCCAUGAUACCGGAGGAAAAGUGCAUCCUCCGACUAUAUCUCGGACUCUGUCUGCAGAUCUCUUAGGUAACGGAUGUUCCAGUGAGAGCUGGAGAGGGGGUCUUCAUGCAAAAGCCAACCUGUCCAAAACAAAGAACUUAGAAUUUGAUUUUCAGGGAUCCCCAGCAAAGGCUGAGCACAGAGUGGUUGGCAGGAAGUCAGAACCGUUGCACAGUGGUUCCACUGAAUUACCAACUACAUUGCCAGGAAAUAAAACACUUUCAACACAAAUACUUGCAUCUCCCAAAGUGGAGGCUAAUACCGCUAUCUCUGCAGGUAAACAAAUCAUUACUGCCAAUGGUGACCAAAGAAUGGGUCAUAUCUUGGAUGCUGAAGUAGUUUCUAAACCUCUACCUCUGUCAACUGAUGACCUAGAAGACAAUAUGCCUGCUGGUAACUUCUACACUUCCCGGGGUUUCUGGCGGAAGCUUGAGGGGAACAGACUGCUCUGGGAGAAAGGCAGGGAAUCAUCAGGUGAAGCUCAUCCCCCUCCCAAACCUCAACGGACAUUCCAGUAUCGAGGAGCCAAGAACAGCAACAACGCAAACUACAUGGUGCAAUGGGACAACAGAUCCCCUCAUAACAAUCACUCCAGCAUAAGAAGCAGGAGGGUAACUCAUCCACCAAACUUCCCACCUCCUCCAUGUCCAGUUGGAAAGACAGAAGGACUUUCGAGACACAAAAAGAACAGGAAGUCCUUUGAGUACGAGGAUGCGGCACGUCUGACAGCAGAGCAAGGCCCUCGGGCAGAUGAUGCCCUUUACCAUGCCUACUCUGAUGACAAUAUUUACGAGGACAUCGUCUGUGACGUGACCAGAGAUAGCCCCUAUGAGGAUGUCAAGCUAUCUCCCAUGUGUCUCCCUAUUGCAAGGCCCCCUCUCCCAAAGUUGCCUCCUAAACCACAAACAUUGCAUGGCUAUGCUAACAAAGGGGAGAGGAGGGGGUGUCAAGCAGUGUCCAAAUCUUCAACCCUUGCAGACAGUCCCAAGCCAGCUGGACCCCGGCGUGCAAGCACUCAAAAAAUGCUCAGGACACCUCAGUAUGUCAACAAGAUUGAGACCAUCUUUGAUGACAAGCGAGGGAGGAAGCGAGUGAAGAACCAAGGAAUCUUGGUGCGAGCAGAGGAGACCAGUGGGACUGAGAGCGACCCAGAGGAAAGCACCAAAGGCUCCAGGAGAUCAGUUUACAUCCAGUCUACAUUGAAACGUCGGCCAGGCUACCGCACCCUGGAGAGAGACUUGAUCCAGAUGCAGCAGCAGCAGCUUUUCCAGAUCUUCGUGGUGGUGUCACUAAGAAAAGGCUCCCAGGGCAACACCUACUCCCCUGAAAUUACACAACAGUUCCCCAAAAUGUUUGAGAAGUCAUCCCGGCUCUCCAGAGAAGCUGAGGAUCAGCUGAAGGUCAUUCCCAAGUUCUGCUUCCCCGAUUCUCAGGACUGGAAACCUUCUGCACAGAUACCAAGUGAGACUUUCUCCUUUGUUCUGACUGGUGAAGAUGGCAGCCGCUGGUUUUGUUACUGCCGUAAGAUCCUGCCCAGUGGAAAGGGGAAGAGACUUCCUGAGGUGCACUGUAUUGUCAGCAAGCUGGGCUGUUUCAAUCUUUUUGCAAAGAUUCUGGAGGAGGUGGAGAGGCGUAGAGAAAUUUCUCCAGCACUCGUGUACCCUUUUAUGCGUAGUGUGAUGGAAGCUCCUUUUCCAGCCCCCGGACGCACAGUUACCGUCAAGAGCUUCCUCCCUGGCUCUGGGAAUGAGGUACUGACUUUAUGCCGACCUGUGGACUCUAGACUGGAGCAUGUGGACUUUGACAGUCUGCUGGAGUGUCUCAGUGUUGGAAACCUCCUGCAGGUUUUCGCCUCCCUUCUGCUUGAGAGGAGGGUCAUCUUCGUCGCUGAGAAGCUCAGCGUGUUGUCACGCUGCAGCCACGCAGUCCUGGCGCUGCUCUACCCGUUCACUUGGCAGCACACUUUCGUGCCCGUGUUACCGGCCAGCAUGCUGGACAUCAGCUGUUCCCCCACCCCGUUCCUCAUUGGGGUGCUGGCACCCUGCCUGCCACAGCUGCUGGAGCUGCCUAUUGAAGAGGUGCUCAUAGUAGAUCUGUGUGCAAACAAGUUUGUCAUUCAGCUGGGCGAUGAAGACUGCAUCCUGCCCAGCAAACUGCAGGCGGCGCUGCAGCAGAUCCUGGAGGAGAGGGAAGAUAUUCUGAGACAGGAAACUGGAAACACGUGUGAAAACCAGCCAGCUGAGUUGAGCUCCUUGGUGUCAGAGGGUUUUGUGCGGUUCUUUGUGGAGCUGGUGGGACACUAUCCUCUCCACAUGGUUGAGUCCUCCAACGGAAACAAGGAGCUCCAGCGGGACAGUUUCCGCAAAUCUCAUCCCUCCCGGGGAGUUCGCCAGUUCCUGCAGCUCUUCAUGGACACCCAGAUGUUUGCCGGUUUCAUUCAGGACAAGGAGCUGCGCAAGGGAGGAGGAAGAGGUCUCUUUGAAACCAGAGUGGCCGAGUAUCUGGAUUCAUGCUCUGAGCCUGAGCCAAGUGGUGUGAACAAAUUUCUUAAAGGAUUGGGAAACAAGAUGAAGCUCCUGCAAAUGAAAUGAACAGAGACCAACAUGAAAUUAAAGACAGAACUCUGUUGCUGCUGGACUGAGAAAUUGCCAUGGAUGUGAAAGUCUUCUGUCAGGAGGUGGCAGGGACAAAGAAGACUCGAUGUGGAGGACCAGUCUCAUCUUAUAGCCAUGAACUCAUGUUUGAGACCAGAAAACUGGAUUUAAAAAAAAAAAAAAAAUUCUCUGGUACUUUUGAGGCCAUGAGAAUCAGGCAUUGUGUCUUUGUGAAACUGCGAAAAGAUUCCAUCUACAUCAACCUGAACAUGUAGUUGUAACUACUUUCUCCAUUUAUAUGGAAACUUGUUUACUUACCACUUUGCUAACAUUGGAAUCAAUCUUACAUUUCUUACAUCAAGUACUUUACAAAAUUUAGUUUUUGUGUAUGAAUCCGACCUGGGAGAUCUUGUUUCUUAUACAUGUGAUGUAAAUAACAUUCCCAUUGCUGCCAUUCUUUCACUGCAAACUUUGACACCGUGUCUGUGGCGUUUCUAGUGUGGGCUGAAUACCUGUGAUCAGAACAUUUCAGUGUUUCCAGGUUAAACCUCACUCAGAUCAAUCUUUUUAUACCUUUUUCUUUCUGGGUUUCUUUCUGUUAACUGGAAUUGUAAAUAUUUUUUCUUUGGACAUUUUGCACAUGAUCAGAACCAGUGUACAGUAUUUGGAAUAUUUUUGUAUUAAAGCAUGACACAUCAU